AGUCAUUUAUCCAUUACAACAUGAUUGCAGUCGGCGAUAAGCUUCCGGACGUCACCUUGUACGAGUACGUGCUGGUCGAAGGCACGUGUGCUAUCGGGCCCGACGCGUUCAACGCGCUUGAGGCUGCGGCCGGCAAGACGAUCGUCGUGUUCGGCUUACCCGGCGCUUUCACGCCCACGUGUACGUCCGAGCACGUCCCUAGCUAUUUGGCGCAUGCGGACGAGCUAAAGGCUGCGGGCGUGGACGAGAUCUGGUGCACGAGCACAAACGACGCGUUUGUGCUUGGCGCGUGGGGCAAGGAGCUCGGGACGACCGGCAAGAUCCGCAUGGUCGCGGACGGCGACGCCUCGUUUAUAAAGGCCACGGGGCUCUCGCUCGAUUUUACGGGCAAAGGAUUUGGCGUGCGCAGCGCCCGCUACUCGAUGCUCGUCAAGGACGGUGUCGUGACGACGCUCAACCUGGAAGACGGCCCGGCGUACAAGGUGAGCGGCGCCGACACGAUCCUCGCACAGCUCCGGGGCUAA